AUUAUGACAGAAAAGCGAACAACAAACAUACAUUUGUAGUAUGUUUAUGACAGCCAGUGCAUAUGUGUGUACAUUUUUAGUUUGCAAGUAAAAUGAAUAUUUCAGCACUUUUAAAAAAAAUUAUCAUGAAGGGACUGUACUGCAAGCUGGAUGAAGCUGGAGAUAUAAAAUUUAUAAUACAGGAAACGACUGUACCCACAUUAAUAGGAGAUCAUCAAGUGAAAGUUCAAGUGAAGGGCUGUUCUCUUAGUCCUAUUGACAUUAAGCUGUAUGAGGAUUUCAAGCAGCAGAGGGAACAUGUCCCAGUUGGGAGAGAGAUUGCAGGAGUCGUUCUCCAAGUCGGGCCUAAGGUGACAUUUUUUCAGCCUGAUGAUGAAGUUGUAGGAAUUCUACCACUGGAUGCUGAGAUGUCUGGUCUGUGUGAUGUUGUCCUGAUUGAUGAAUAUAAUUUAGUUCAGAAGCCGGAGAAAGUAAGCUGGUUUGAAGCUGCUGGAGCAAUUAAAGAUGGUCUUAAAGCUUACACAGCUCUGCACACUCAGGCCCGGAUGGCUGUCGGACAAACACUGCUUGUGCUGGAUGGAGCAAGUCCAUUUGGAGUGCUGACCAUCCAGCUUGCCCACUACCAUGGAGUUAAAGUCCUUGCUACUGCUAUAACCCCUGAUGACCAAAAGUUUCUGGAACAGCUUCGACCAAGUGUGGCCAGAGUAAUUGGAGUAUGGGACUCGAAAGUGGACCUAGUGGAUUCUUGUCUGGAAGAGACUGGAGGACUUGGGGUGGACAUAGUUAUUGAUGCAGGAGUACGACUUUAUGAAGAGGAACCUGAGGUCAAGAAACAUCUCCAACACAAGCACGAUAUCAUCUCUCUUCUUGGAGUCGGCGGUCACUGGGUCACCACAGAAGCCAACAUGCAGUUGGAUCCUCCAGACAGUCGUACUCUCUUCCUUAAGGCAGCCUCCAUGUCAUUUUUAAAUGAAGAAGUGUGGGAAGCAUCCAGAGCCAAACAGGGCAGAUAUCUGCAUAUAUUGAAGGACGUGGUGGAGAAGCUAUCAACAAGGACUUUCAGGCCACUAUUGGAGAACCCUGUGCCACUGUAUGAAGCAACUGUUUCAAUGGAGAUGGUUCAAAGGAAACAAGUCAGAAAACGAGUUUUGGCAUCUCCUUUUCAGAUUUUCCCCUGUGAUCUCCCAAUCUAUUAAUUUCCAGUUCCCGACUGUGAAUCUACUGCCGCUUGCAGAACCCCUGAUCUGAUCAAAGAGAGCCGGAUCACCACAUGCCCACCCCCCCCAAUCCCUUCUCAACACGGGUCCAAUCUGUGGCCGCUUCUUAUCACCUGCCAGUUUUGGGUUACCACACAGAGCUGUAUCGCAUACAGAGAACUACAAGAAAGUCCAUGUGAUUCCACCCCCACACAAUUUGUGGCUAAACAUUUGUUGCACCAAGUAUGGAUCAUAUAUAUAUAUUUUUUUCUGCACUGCUACACAGAUUCCAAAAGCAACACUGCCUCAGAAUACAUUUCAAAUGUAUUGUAUUUAUGUUUUGUAAUGCUCAUAGAACAAGGUGAGAUCAGUCAUGAGAUCAGUUUAAAAAAAACUUUUGUUUCACAUGUUUAUAAAUGAGAUGAAACUCGAAA